UGAUCAAAGCAAAUAGGUCGUAAAAAUGCUAUCAAUAUUACAUAAAUUAAUUAUUUUGGUUGGGAUGACUAGUGCUAUCAUUUUAUGCCUGCUUGGGUCUUCCGUAAAUUUGGUCAAGAGAGAAGAAGCAAAGCAUGGAAUUUUACGUGAAGCAGCAAUAAAGAAAGAAGACAGUUUUGAUCAAAAGUAUUUAUCUCCGUAUACUCAGGUUAUAACGAGUCCCACUGUUCUUAAAACAACAAAGCUAGUGCAGAUAUCUCAUCCAACAACCUCAAGGAAAAUGAAUACUGAACAACAGGAUUACUUUCUUAAAGACGUGAAUGAAGACACGAUGAGAACAUUUAACAUAGGAUGUAAUGAAUUACGAAAAUUACUGGAUGAAGCUAAAAAAGAAUUUUCGAAAACUUACAGAACGGAGAAUAAAUACGGCAACAGAGGAAUUUAUUUUGCAAAAACAAUGAAUAACAGUCCGAUUGUCAUAAAAAUUGCAACAAUUCAAAAUCAGUCGGAUGCAAUAGAAAUUUACAGAUAUAACUCGGCGCUGAGAGAGAUAAGGCUUUUGCAAGAUUUACAAGAAUUCGGAUUUGCAGGUUCACCCCAGGUUUGGGGCAGCUGUGUGUCUUCAAAUCAUGUCAUAUAUGCUGUGACACGUUUUGUUGAUUCUGAACCACUGUGUGCAGGAAAUGGUACAGACAUGAGUUGUGCUAUGGCACAAAAUGUCGUUCAGAAAAUAAAGAUAUCGAAAUCUCCAGGAACAUCUGCUUUAAAGUUUUUAGAAAAGGCCACCUGUUUCUUCUCUCAGUUUGAAAAAUAUCGUAUAUUAAUGGAAGAUUUUUCAGGAUCAAAUUUUCAUAUUUCUUCAAAAACUCUCGAUUUUUAUCUCGUUGAUGCCGAUUCUUUAAUUUUCUAUGAAAAUGUCCCUUUAUUAUCCAGAAUGUCUUGUCACAAAGAUUCUGACUGCCCAAAACCCUCCGGCAACUUAUGGCCGUCACACGCACUCAAUAGAAAAAUAUAUUACGGCUGUGGAGAAAUGUACGGAAUUUGUCGUAAUAAUACAUGCCAGGGUAUUGGAUCUGAACUUCAUACAUGUGGCGUUGGUAGAUGGUUGGUUACAGCUGUCAGAAGCUUCAUUCCAGUUGAAGUUUACAAUGAUUAUCGCAAAUUAAAAGAAUGUAUGAGCGAAAGUAACCCACUCCGAAGAUGCAGCGCCCAUUAUUCAUGCUCUGCAGCUAAGUUUAUACUGAAUAAAUACAUAACGCGGGCAGAUUGAAUUUGAAAUAACACUCAAUCUUCAAUUCGAAGCAGAAGUCACGUUUCCUAAUAUUAGAAAUAGGAGCUGGAUGUCAAGCUUUGAUCUACUUCAAAGCUGUACAAGGCAACAUCAAAGAUAAAUAAUAUAUAGCGAAUGACAAUAUUUGAAUGUAAUUUGUCAUAUACUUUAGUUAGACGGUUUCUAGCUGAAUGGUGAACCCCAUUUAUAGAUUGCGUUCAGAAGUGUACUCAAUUGGAAGAUGACCGUUUGAAAGGAAAAAAUGCGGAACUUUUAAUCCUUCUGUUUACAAUACUAUAACUUGCUAUUUUAAAAUUUUUGAAAAUAUUUUUUCGAUGAAUAUGCACACAAUAAAUAUUAAAAUUUCUCA